UUUACAAACCAGACGGAUACAUCAAUGGAUGGAGGACUGCUAAUGCUAACUGUCCAGUGAAAAGACUGCAUUUACAUCGUAUUAUAAGACCAUUUUGCUGCGGAAUAUCCACCGAUGGCAUCUCAGAUCCCCAUAACCGCGAAGAGCCAGCCGGCUGCCGGCAACGCUGCGGCUCAGAGAGGGAAGAAACGUCCCGGGAGUCCGGCGGUAUCUGCCCCUGCGCAGACAGUCGGCAACAGCAAGAAGAAGAAAGGACAGCCGACAGCGACACCGGCCACACAGACACAGAUAACAGCAGUAGACAGUGUGGAUGAAGUGAAGGCAGUGGGAUCAACAGACAGCGCUCCAACCAAUACCACCACUAGCAUCACCACCACCACAGAGUCGACUGCAAAGCCUCCACCCUUCAAAGACCCUGCAUUUAUGCAUUCUGGGAUUGGUGGAGCAGCCGCAGGUAAGAAGAACAGGACCUGGAAGAAUCUCAAACAGAUUCUGGCAUUGGAACGUACUUUACCCUGGAAGCUUAAUGACCCAAACUACUAUAGUAUUGAUGCUCCUCCCUCCUUGAAGCCAGCUAAAAAGUACUCUGACAUCUCUGGGCUCCCUGCAAACUACACAGACCCUCAGACGAAACUACGCUUUACCUCCUCAGAGGAGUUCUCCUACAUCCGCCUCCUCCCCACUGAUGUUGUUACGGGCUAUCUGGCCCUCCGAAAGGCAACUUGCAUUGUGCCCUGACAACUCAACAAGGGUUGAAACCUGAAACAGGUUCAAACCAUAACUGAACUUAUGGCAGUGCUGGAAACUGUCUGGGCUGCCAGGAGACUGUGAGAGCAGAGACUGAAUUUGUAAAAAUC